UGGGGAACGAAAUCGAACCAAUCAAGAAGCACUUGACUCCAGCGGCUGGCUGUUCCCGUUGCUUUAGGGCUUCGAUCACCUUCCUGCAUUUCUGCUCUUUUCCUUGAGUGGAGUCGCGCCCCUUCGACUGCACAGGGCAUACACCGCCGGCAUAGCACAGACGUGCUGCGGGCUCCGACCUCACGUGGACGAUUGAGGACGCGCGAUGUCCUCAAGUGGGUCAUCUGGUGCGCCAAGUGACACCGAGCUGCCAAGCAGUGUGACCAAGCCGUUGCUAUCACGACAAGCGACGCCAGUGCACCAGGACGAACCGGGAGAGCUUGAGCCGUUGACCAUGCCAGCGACAUCGUCCCACGAAGACGAGCACGAGUCACUUGCCGUGCACGCAAAGUCGUCUCACAUCAACCUGGUCUUCGGCGCUCUGCUGGCUCUGCUAGUAGCGGGCUUGCUAGGAUCGGCGCUCACACUGAUCGCCCUGCCGAGCUGCCUUAAAGGAAAGGACAACAGGGAUACUUCGGGCACCGCCGCCGCGCUUCCGUGCGUGCCGAAAUCUACGGGGCGCCAGGCACCCGAUCCGAAGGUUACAAUCCCUACAACCACCACCCCUUCGUCCACCACUGUUGCUCGCGGAUCCCAUUCAUCGGCAGUUCUUGUGGAUCUCCCCGUGAAGGUGUUCACGCGUGGCAAACUCUUCUACCGCUCAGCCUACCUGGACGACAGUCGCGGACACCUCUUCGUCGGAGCCAUGGAGAAGCUGUUCCAGCUCCCACUUGACGACAUAAGCAGCCCAACUUCGAAGGAGCUUGAUUUGAUGGCUCCAAGCGACAACGUGAACAAGUGUGGAGUCUACAGGGGACACCAUCGGCUGGGCAAGGACGUGGACUGCCGCAACCACAUCCGCGUGGUGCAGCCGAUACGGGACGGAAGCACGCUCUACAUCUGCGGCACCAACGCCAGGGCACCCACGGACUGGCAGGUGCAGGCUGCAGACCUCACCCUGGUGCCGGCGUCCAGCCAGGUGCCCGUACUGGGAGUCAACACAUCGAAUGAGGCGCAGGGUCGCUGCCCCAACUACCUCCACCAGAGUUCUCGGACGUUGUGGCUGGACGACGCGCCCGCGAGCGGAAGCUCGUGCGUGGUGGCCCUGACCGUGCUGUCGACAGACCAGUACGGCUUCUUCCGGCUAACCCCGAGAGGAUUUCCGCUGAGCUCCACGGACACGCGCGCCGUUCAAAAGCCCCACGUGGUGGACGCCUUCUCGACGGCCGAGCACGCCUACUUCGUGUUCCGCGAGGAAGGCAUCGAGCGCAAGGCGUGUGGAGCCAGAAACGUUUCGACGCUGGCACGCCUCUGCAAGAACGAGGUUGGCGUCAGCACACGGUCUGCCGGCCCGUGGACGACAUUGAUGAAGACCCGCCUUCAAUGCGUCGACAUUACCGCAGCCAAUUUCACCUUCAACGAAAUAUACGCUUCUCACUGGGUUCCCGAUUUGGAGAACGGCGUGCUCUUUGGAGCCUUCGUCACCGUCACGCGUUCGUGGGGCAGAGCCGAGCACCACGACUCGGCGGUGUGCGCCUUCCGGCUGCGAGAUGUCGAACGUGUGCUCGACAACAGCACCUUCUACAACCUGGUGCAAAGGGACAACUACACGCUGAGCCAGCCGUUGCACAUCAGCAAGGUGCCGUCACCGCGUCCGGGUAUGAUUUGCCCGACGGGAACCCGCACCCUGAGCACCGCAGACCCCCAGUUUUGGCCCGAACACCCGCUGGUGACGCAGACGCCCAAGCAGCGUCACGACCGGCCCUUCUACGCACACUCGGGCGUCACCUUCCGCACCCUGGUCGCGUUUACGCUAAACGAGACGUGGGGCGCCUGGGUCGUCUGCUACGUGGCCAUUGAGAAUGGCACUAUACUGAAGCUGGCAGAGGAAAGCGUUGCCACGGGUGGAGUCCCUGCUCCUGCGCGUUUGGUGGACACGUUCAAGGCCACUGCUGAGCCCAUACGGAAGAUGCUGGUCUCCGUGCAGCGCCGGAGCCUGUACGUGUUCUCGGACGAGGACGUCCGCCAGUACCGCCUGGACGCCUGCGAAGGGCGGCACGUGGACUGCCCGUCGUGCCUCCUGGACCCCUUUUGCGGAUGGGAUGGCAGCACGUGCCUCCCUCACGUGGUCGGGUCGACAGCCACAACGAGGCGAAAUUGCUGAAGGCUGAUGGUGUGCCCAAUAAGGACUUUGUUUUUGUUUAUAUGUACGGUAAUAUUAGUCUUCUAGCGCAACCGGGACGCUUUCAGACGCAUUUCAUUUGUGCAUCAUUUUGUUGCUUAAGCGUGGCACGAGCCUUCGCCAUUGUCCACGGGCGAAGUAUCGGCUGAAAAUGAAGCGCCACUGCUCGAAUAAUGACAAAGCUACGAACUGCUUUUCUUCGACAAAUGUGAUUGUUCGAUGAUGGCUAAUCGAAUCCACUAUCGUUCGACCUGGAAUUACGAAGUAGUGGACGUCGAAGGAAGUCAGUGCCACUCAAUUGUGCUCACCUCGGUGCACUGGUGACAUAACGGGCACAUUUAACUUUCAGAAUGCGUGUCUACUGCGAUGAUGAAGUUGUUGCAUGCGUUCGACAAAUAAAGUUGUGCAGUACGCCGUGGUUGCUUAG